GCUUUUGAUAUGCUUGUCGUUUAUCUAGAGGCUUAUCCGGAGGAAUUUUGUGUGUGGGAUAGGAGGUUUUCUAGCAAGAACAUUCUUUGUGGAGAUAAUUAUAUUGUUAUUGAGGGUCUUUGGUUGACAACAAAUACUAAAAUACAUGUUGUUUCUUUAUAUGCACCUCAAGGAGUUUUACUAAAAAAAAACUUGGUCGGAGCAACUUACGGUGUUUAUUAACCGAUGGGAUGGAGAGGUUAUUGUUAUAGGGGAUUUUAGUGAGGGUUUUAUGAACUUCUUGGGGGUUAUUCUUACACUUGGACGAACAAGCUUACUACAAAAAUGAGUAAGUUAGACAGAUUUCAUCUUUUAGAGAGCCUUUUGGAGAUGUCCGCAUAUAGUUGAUCUUAUCUUAGAUCGUCAUUUAUCUGAUCAUCGUCCGUUUCUUCUUCGAGAAGUGAUUUCUAAUUACAGUCCUUCCUUUAGAUUGUUCCAUUCUUGGUUUCUUGUUGAAGAUUUUCAAAAGGUUGUUGAAGCCUCUUGGAAGAAUAAUAGGAUUUUAGAAUCAAAUGGUAUCGUUUCCUUUAAAAAAAGCUUCAAUUCCUAAAAAAAUUUAAAAUUUUGGAACAAGGUUGUUUGAGAAAAAAAAGAAACACUACAAAAACUAGUUUGCUUAAUAAGUUGGUUGAGUUGGAUUCUAGGCUAGAUCGUGGAGAAGGGGAUCGUCUAGACGGGGUUGCGCAUAUAUCUUUGUUAAAAGAUAUAUGCUGCAUAGAUGGGAUCCAAGCGUAAGAUGUUGAGCAAAAUGCUAAAGUUAAUUGGGCUAUAAAGUAGGAUGAAAACUCUAAAUAUUUUCAUGGCAUUCUAAAUAAAUAAAAAAUCGUUUGGUGAUUAGUAGUAUUUUACGAGAUGGGGAGUGGAUUGAUGCACAUGCUAGAGUAAAAUGGGAAUUUCCCCAGUAUUUCCAACAUAGAUUCUCGGCUCCUUCCAUCUCUCAGCCAAUCAUCACUCAGAAUUUCCUGAAAAUUUUAACUUCAGAUGAAGCUGCGAACCUAGAGUGGGAAGUUUCUACAAGUUGUUUAGGAUUGUGGCAUGGAUAAGUCUCUGGACCUGAUGGAUACACAUUUAAAUUCAUUAUGAAAUUUUGCUAUCUUAUUGAGAAUGAUAUUAUAGCAAUGGUGAGGGAUUUCUUUAGCUCGUGUCUUUUUCCAAAAGGGUGUAAUUCGUCUUUUAUCGUUUUGAUUCCUACAAUUAGUGAUGCUAAAUGUGUUAAUGAUUUUCAUCCGAUUAGUCUUAUAGGAUAUCAAUAUAAAAUUGUUGACAAAAUCUUAGCUAAUCGUUUGGUGUCAGUUGCUGAUAAGUUGGUGAGUAUGGAACAAUAUAUGUAUGGGCCAAUGAUUAUGAAUGAUAUGGUUUCUUGAUGUAAAAUGAAGAAGAAAAAGCUAUGGUUUUCAAAGUUUAUUUUGAAAAAGUUUAUGAUUCUAUCAAAUGGGAUUUCUUGGAUGAUGUGUUAGGAAAUAUAGGUUUUGGUAGUUUGUGGAGAAGAUGGAUCCAAGGGUGCACAUUUCUAUUCGGGGCUUAAUUCUAAUUGAUGGUUCGCCUACGGAUGAGUUCGAAUUUUAUAUACGGCUUUGCUAAGGGGAUCCUCUCUCUCCUUUCUUGUUUCUUUUGGUGAUGGAAAGUUUGCAUGUCGCCUUGCAAGGUGUUCUGGAUAGAAAUAUUUUCUCUGGUUUUACAUUGCUUUCAGUUGGCUUUAGAUAUGCAUAAAAGCAAGAUUUUAGGUAUUGGCAUUCCAAUUAGGGAGGUUGAGGAAGUGGCAGAUUUGAUAGAAUGUAAGAUAAUGAAGCUUCUUUUUCAUUAUCUCGGUCUGGUUAUAGGAUGUAAUAUGUCCAAAUUGGAUGCUUGGUGGGAUUUAGUGGACAAAAUUGUAUCUAAACUUUACAAUUGGAAGGUGAAAACUCUUUCAGUUGGAGUCAAAUUGACUUUAUUAAAGUCGGUUUUGAGUGCUUUACUGAAUUACUUUAUGUCUUUGUUUAAAGCUCCGUUAGGUAUCUUAAAAAAAUUGGAAUCCAUGCGUAAUAACUUCUUUGUUGGAGAUGGGUUUGGGCGUUUAUCGAGUACAAGUGAUUUCUUUGUGGCUUCUGUGAGGUAUUUUAUUGAUGAACAUCUUCUCCCUUCUUCUGUUAUUCCAACUCGUUGGAUUCCUUUGGUGCAUAUAAAGGUCAAUGUUCUUGCAUGGCGUUUGAGUCUUGUUAGAGUUCCCACGAAAGUGAAUCUUGAUAGGAGUGUGGUUUGGAUAUUUCAUAUCUUUUGUGCCUACAUUGGGAUGUGGAUAUGGAGUCGAUGA